CUGCAACCCAACUUUCGGGUGGACACCCCGCUGCUGCCUGGGAGCUUCUUGCGGAGAGGACGCGUGGUGCCUGCCUGCGGGAGGGUCUGGGGCUCGGCCCCGCGCAGCUCUGCUUAGUGGCCUCCUCGGGCCACGCCUCAGCCUGUGUGGCUCAAGACCUGAGGAGGUGGUGGUGCUGUCGGUGACUUGGGGAACUUCUUAUUAUAUUCCUGGGUAUAUUUCCAGUUGCUUGCUAUGGCAUUGUUCAAGUCCCCACUGGACCGUGGUUUUGCAGGAAAUGUGAAUCUCAGGAGAGAGCAGCCAGAGUGACUGUCUGCUACAUGAGGCUGGAACCAUGACUGCUGGCAGCUUCCGGCUCUCAUCUUCCCAGCCCCUUCUACCACGAGAAGGGGCUCUCUGGAAGAACCCUGAGAAGGCCUGAUUGACCUGUCCUGGAUCAUGGCUGGAGUGGGGAGGGUACUAUGCUGGCAGCCCUCUCUAGACCACGUAGUUGGAGUCAGGGUUAUUGCUUACUGUGAGCUAAGGCACUUUUGCGUACCCCUGAAGUCAUGAAGAGAUGUGAACUGUGUCCCCAUAAGGAUGGAGCUUUAAAAAGAACAGAUAAUGGGGGUUGGGCUCAUGUGGUUUGCGCCCUCUAUAUUCCAGAGGUACAGUUUGCCAAUGUGUCUACAAUGGAACCUAUCGUCUUACAGUCUGUCCCACAUGAUCGUUAUAAUAAGACUUGCUACAUUUGCGAUGAACAAGGAAGAGAAAGCAAAGCAGCCACUGGUGCUUGCAUGACAUGUAAUAAACAUGGAUGUCGACAGGCUUUCCAUGUAACAUGUGCUCAGUUUGCUGGUCUUCUUUGUGAAGAAGAAGGUAAUGGUGCAGAUAACGUCCAAUACUGUGGCUACUGUAAAUACCAUUUUAGUAAGCUGAAAAAGAGCAAACGAGGAUCUAAUAGGUCCUAUGAUCAAAGUUUAAGUGAUUCUUCUUCUCACUCUCAGGAUAAACAUCAUGAGAAAGAGAAAAAAAAAUACAAAGAGAAGGACAAACACAAACAAAAACACAAGAAGCAACCAGAACCAUCACCUGCUUUGGUUCCAUCACUGACUGUAACAACAGAAAAAACUUACACAAGCACUAGCAACAGCUCUAUAUCUGGAUCAUUGAAGCGCUUGGAAGAUACUACGGCAAGAUUUACAAAUGCAAAUUUCCAGGAAGUCUCUGCACACACAUCCAGUGGAAAAGAUGUUUCAGAACCUAGAGGGUCAGAAAGCAAAGGGAAGAAGUCUUCAGCUCACAGCUCAGGUCAGAGGGGAAGGAAGCCUGGUGGUGGAAGAAAUCAAGGAGUGACUGUGUCAGCAGCUAGUCCCUUUCCGCAAGGCAAUUUUACAGGAACUCCAGGCAGUGUGAAGUCCUCUUCUGGAAGUUCAGUUCAGUCACCUCAGGAUUUCUUGAGCUUUACAGACUCAGAUCUGCGCAGUGACACUUACACUCACCCCCAGCAGUCGUCAUCAACCAAAGAUGUACAUAAAGGAGAAUCUGGAAGCCAGGAAGGGGGGGCAAAUAGUUUCAGUUCCUUAAUUGGUCACCCUGCGACCUCAGCUGUUAUUUCACAGCCUAAAAGCUUUGAAAAUUCACCUGGAGAUUUGAGUAGUUCCAGCCUUCCUACAGCAGGAUAUAAGCGGGCUCAAACUUCGGGCAUAGAAGAAGAAACUGUAAAGGAGAAGAAAAGAAAAGGAAGUAAACAAAGUAAGCAUGGUCCUGGCAGACCCAAAGGAAACAAAAGUCAAGAGAAUGUUUCUCACCUCUCAGUUUCUUCUGCUUCACCAACAUCCUCAGUGGCAUCGGCUGCAGGAAGUGUUGCAAGCUCUAGUCUUCAGAAAUCUCCCACAUUGCUCAGGAAUGGAAGUUUACAGAGUCUUAGUGUUGGCUCUUCUCCCAUUGGCUCAGAAAUUUCCACACAGUAUCGGCACGAUGGAGCUUGUCCAACAACUACUUUCUCAGAGUUGCUGAAUGCAAUACACAAUGGUAUUUAUAACAGCAGUGAUGCAGCAGUGUCAUUUCCUAACGCGGUGUCGGGCUCAGGAUCCAGCACUCCAGUCUCCACCUCGCAUUUACCCCCACAGCCUUCGGGGCAUUCGCAGCAGGUGGGAGCUCUUUCCCCCUCAGCUGCUGCAGCUGUAACGCCUGCUGCGGCUAGUACAACGCAGGCGAACCCGCUGUCCGGCUCCUCCCUGGGUCAGGCGGCCUCGCACGUGUACGGCGGCGGCAGGUUGAACCCGAAUCCGGCGGCGGGGGCCCUCAUGGCCCAGGCUGACAGCGGGCAGACAGAUCAGGACCUGGGAGACAGCGGCCGCAGCCUGGCGGGCAGAGGAAGCUCGCCCCGAGGAAGCCUCUCCCCGAGAUCCCCUGUAAGCAGUUUGCAGAUUCGCUAUGAUCAGCCCGGUGGCGGCAGCAGCAGUUUGGAGAAUCUGCCUCCUGUGGCGGCCAGUAUAGAGCAGCUGCUGGAGAGGCAGUGGAGCGAAGGGCAGCAGUUUCUGUUAGAACAGGGCACACCCAGUGACAUUUUAGGAAUGCUGAAGUCAUUACACCAACUUCAAGUAGAAAAUCGAAGAUUAGAAGAACAAAUUAAAAACUUGACUGCCAAAAAGGAACGUCUUCAGUUAUUGAAUGCACAGCUUUCGGUGCCUUUCCCGACAAUAACGACGAACCCCAGUCCGUCUCAUCAGAUGCACACGUUUUCGGCACAGGCGGCUCCGACUACUGAUUCCUUGAACAGCAAUAAGAGCCCUCAUAUAGGAAACAGCUUUUUACCUGAUAGUUCUCUUCCUGUAUUAAACCAGGACUUAACCUCCAGUGGCCAGAGCACCAGCAGCUCCUCUGCCCUGUCUACCCCACCGCCUGCUGGCCAGAGCCCCGCGCAGCAGGGCCCUGGAGUCACCGGGGCCCAGCAGGUCAACGGUGUGACUGUGGGGGCGCUGGCUGGGGGGGUGCAGCCGGUGGCCUCUUCUAUCCCUGCUGCCGCCGCAGUUGGGGGGAUAAUUGGAGCUUUGCCAGGUAACCAGCUGGCAAUUAACGGCAUUGUAGGAGCUUUAAAUGGGGUGAUGCAGACCCCCGUCACCCUGUCCCAGAACCCUGCCCCCCUCACCCACACAACUGUACCACCUAACGCAACACAUCCAAUGCCAGCCACGCUGACUAACAGUGCCUCAGGACUAGGAUUACUUUCUGACCAGCACAGACAAAUACUUAUUCAUCAACAACAGUUUCAGCAGUUGUUGAAUUCUCAACAGCUCACACCAGAGCAGCACCAGGCCUUCCUGUACCAGCUUGUGCAGCAGCAGCAGCAGCACCACCAGCACCACCCGCCUGAGCUGCAGCCAUUGCAGCUGCCCGGCCCAGCGCAGCUGCCCAUCAACAGCCUGCUGGCAGGAGCCCCGGCACCGCCUCUGCACACGGCUGCCACCAACCCCUUCCUCACCAUCCACAGUGACAGCACUGGCCAGAAGGUCACAAGAAUUAGUGAUAAAACUGGGCCUGUUGCUCAAGAGAAAUGUUGACCCUUGAGAGACACCUGAAACGGCCUCGCCUGCUUUUAGGCAUCUGUGAGGCUAUGGCUGUGAAGUGCGAAGAGGCCACAGGA